UUCACAUGGUGGAAGCCACACAGAUGUAUCGAUUCACAGAGAGAGAGAAAACCUUUACAGAAGAGAGAGAGAAAGAAAGAGAGUAUUAAAUUGCUUCACCUGCUUACUUUCCACUUUUCCAGCCAAGGCACACUCUCCACGCACUCUUCUUCUUCUUCUUCUCAAAGCUGAGAUGAAACUUUCAUCUUAUUUAUUUUUAAUUAAUGGGUUUAGUUUGGAAACUCAAAACACCCAGAUCUUAUUCUAUGUUUCUUGAUCAAGGCUUGUUCUUGAUUCCGUGAUUCUUGAAAAAAUCGCUUAUCGAGGUCCUUUUUUUUUGGUUUUUUUCUUGACUUUGGUUUUGUCGUUUUUAGCCGUUGAAGAUGCUGAAAAAUGGAAAUUGUUAAAGCUCAAUCCCCAAGAAAAUUAGAAUGCCGAUUCUGUUCUACACUUCUACUUUUUAAUUUCUAAUUCUUGCUUCGCUUUCGAGGAUUGGGUUUAAGUUAAAAUGCAGCUACUUAUGUAUUCUUCUUCUUCUUCUUCUUCAAUUUCCAAAAAAUGCUACUGAAAAUAGCGUAGCUUUGCGAACCGGGUUUUGGGUCUGGGUUAGGAUCUGAUAACCGACAAUGCCAAUCGGGUAAAUUCCGAUUUUCGAUUUUGAGAAUGAUAAGAGUUUCUCGCUUCCUGAUUUUGGUAAUUCUCACAUUUGCUUACAUUAUUGAUUUGUCGGAUUCCAUCACCGAACGAGAGAUUCUGCUUCGAUUCAAAGACAAGAUCAUCGACGAUCCGUACAACAGCUUAGCUUCUUGGGUUUCGUUUGACGAAGACGACGACCUCUGUAAUAGCUUCAAUGGCGUAUCUUGUAACCCAGAAGGAUUCGUCGACAAGAUCGUUCUUUGGAACACAAGUCUCGCCGGAACCCUAACUCCGGCAUUGUCCGGUUUAACUUCUUUGAGGGUUUUGAAUCUGUUUGGUAACAGAUUUACAGGUAACUUACCUUUGGAUUACUCAAAGUUACAGACUUUAUGGAAUAUCAAUGUCAGUUCCAAUGCAUUGUCUGGUUCCAUCCCUGAGUUUAUCGGUGACUUAACUAAUCUAAGGUUCUUGGAUCUGUCGAAAAAUGGUUUUGUCGGAGAGAUUCCGGAUUCUCUAUUCAGAUUCUGCUACAAGACCAAGUUCGUUUCACUGUCUCACAACAAUCUCUCAGGAUCAGUCCCCGAAUCAAUCAUAAACUGUAACAAUCUCAUCGGUUUCGAUUUCUCUUACAAUGGCAUUACCGGUUUGUUGCCUAGGAUCUGCGAUAUCCCGGUUCUCGAGUUUGUGUCUGUGAGAAGAAACGUGUUGUCUGGUGUUGUGUUUGAGGAGAUUUCGAAAUGCAAGGGUUUGAAACAUGUCGAUGUAGGAAGCAAUUCUUUCGACGGAUUAAUGUCUUUGGAGGUUCUUGGAUUCAAGAACAUGACUUAUUUCAACGUCUCUGGAAACCGGUUUAAAGGGGAGAUUGGUGAGAUCGUUGAUUGCAGUGAAAGUUUGGAGUUUUUGGAUGCUUCUUCGAAUGAGUUAAUCGGAAAUGUACCUAGCGGUAUAACCGGAUGCAAAAGUCUUAAGCUUUUGGACUUGGAAUCAAAUAGGCUCAGUGGGAGUGUACCUUUAGGUAUUGGGAACAUGGAGAAGCUCUCUGUGAUCAGAUUAGGCGAUAACUCUAUAGAUGGGACGCUACCUGGAGAGCUCGGAAAUCUGGUGUUUCUACAGGUUUUGAAUUUGCAUAAUCUCAAUCUCAUUGGCGAUAUUCCAGAGGAUAUAUGCAAUUGCAGACUACUUCUUGAACUAGAUGUUUCUGGGAAUGCUUUAGAAGGAAAGAUCCCCAAGAAACUAUUCAACUUAACGAACUUAGAGAUUCUUGAUCUGCAUCAGAACAGAAUCGAUGGAAGUAUUCCACCUAAUCUCGGGAACCUCACGAGAAUACAGUUCCUUGAUCUUUCAGAGAAUUUGCUUUCGGGUCCUAUACCCUCUUCCCUCGUGAAUUUGAAUAGACUGACACAUUUCAAUGUUUCUUACAACAACCUCUCUGGCGUUAUCCCAAAGAUCCAAGCUUCGGGAGCUUCUUCGUUUUCCAACAACCCUUUCCUCUGUGGUGAUCCUCUCGAAACACCGUGCAAUCCUCUCAGAAACGGAACAAGAUCAAGAAACGCAAAAGCUCUAAGCACCUCUGUGAUCAUUGUUAUUGUAGCUGCUGCUGUGAUCUUGGUUGGUAUCUGUCUAGUUCUUGUUUUGAACCUUAGAGCUCGUAAAAGAAGGAAGAACCACGAAGAAGACACAGUCGCUUUCGACAACACAACAACCUUGGCUUCGACGGAAUCUGGCAAUGGCGGUGUCACGUUCGGGAAACUUGUUCUGUUCAGCAAGAGUUUGCCUUCCAAGUAUGAAGAUUGGGAGGCGGGAACGAAAGCUUUGCUUGACAAGGAUAACAUAAUCGGGAUAGGAUCGGUUGGAGCGGUUUAUAGAGCAUCUUUCGAAGGAGGGGUCUCCAUUGCAGUGAAAAAGCUCGAGACUUUAGGAAGAAUCGAAAACCAAGAAGAGUUCGAGCUAGUAAUUGGAAGGCUUGGAGGUUUAAGUCACCCGAAUCUUGCUUCUUUUCAAGGUUACUACUUUUCCACGACAAUGCAGUUAAUUCUUUCUGAGUUUGUCCCAAACGGAAGCCUUUACGAUAAUCUUCACGCAAGAAUCUUCCAUAGAACCAGUAGUAGUAGUAGCAGCAGCCAUGGAAACACUGAGUUGAACUGGCAGAGAAGGUUCCAAAUCGCGUUAGGAACUGCAAAGGCGCUUUCUUUCCUUCACAAUGAUUGUAAACCUGCGAUUCUUCAUCUCAAUGUUAAGUCUACCAACAUACUACUCGACGACAGAUACGAGGCAAAGCUAUCGGAUUACGGUUUGGAAAAGUUUCUUCCGGUUUUGAAUAGCUACGGUUUAACCAAGUUCCACAAUGCGGUUGGGUACAUAGCUCCAGAGCUAGCUCAGAGUUUGAGAGUGAGUGACAAAUGUGAUGUUUAUAGCUACGGUGUGGUUCUUCUUGAGCUUAUUACUGGUAGAAAACCGGUGGAGUCUCCAUCGGAAAACGAAGUUUUGAUCCUAAGGGACCAUGUGAGGGAUUUGUUGGAGACAGGGUCGGCUUCUGAUUGUUUUGACAGAAGAUUGAGAGGGUUUGAAGAGAAUGAGCUGAUUCAAGUUAUGAAAUUAGGUCUGAUUUGCACAACGGAGAGUCCAUUGAAGAGACCGAGCAUGGCAGAGGUUGUGCAGGUUCUUGAAUUGAUCAGAAAUGGAAUGGGAUCAUGAGAAAUAUGGCUCAGAUUUUGCAGAGAAAUUGUGCAGUGUUUAGUUCAUUUUUUUCCGGUUUAGACUUGAUUCUUCAGUAAAAUUUGUAUUCUUU